AUGGCUUCGGUGUCAAAGAAAAGAAAAGUUCUUUCAAUUGAAGAAAAAGGUCUUAUUAUCGCAAGACUUGAAUCUGGUGAAAGUAAUGCUACUGUAGCUACUGAAUUUGAUUUAUCUCACUCAAGUGUAUCCACAAUUUUGAAGAACAAGAAUAAAAUUAAAGAAGCGUUCAACGAAAAUUUAUUAGGCAAGAAAAAACUCAAGUUAUCUCAACACCCAGAUAUCGAUCAAGCCUUACUCAAGUGGUUCAAAAGUCAGCGAAGUGGUGGAACUCCCAUAAGCGGUCCAAUAUUACAGGCAAAAGCAAAUAAUUUUGGAAGAAUUAUGGGUAAAGUAGACCUUAAAUGUUCUGAAAGUUGGAUUAAGCGUUUUCGACAAAGACAUAAAAUAGUGUUUGGGAAAAUAAGUGGCGGAGCUGCCAGUGCGCCUCAAGGAGUACGUGAAAACUGGUUAACAACUGUCUGGGCUGAAUUACGAAAAGGAUAUAAAGAUGUUGAAAUAUAUAAUGCCGACGAGACAGGACUUUUUUAUAAACUGACCCCAGAUAAGACAUUAAGAUUCAAGGGUGAAACUUGUACCGGCGGAAAAUUAUCAAAGGAACGAAUUACAGUCUUAGUUGCUACCAAUAUGACAGGAUCGGAUAAACCUAAACUUAUUGUAAUCGGCAAGUCGAGAAAUCCACGAUGUUUCAAACAUAUCAAGACAUUACCUGUCGUGUACAAGUCCAACAAAAAGACCUGGAUGACUUCUGGUUUAUUUGUCAGUAUUCUUCAUGAAUGGGAUGCAAAGUUGGUGAAGACCAAGAAAAAAAUUUUACUUUUGUAG